ACCAGUACUUUAAUAACUUCCCCAACGCCCAGCUUUUUUCUACCUCGAAGUAAGGUGUUGAAAAUGUACCGUUAMGCGUACGCUCGUACCGCUACUGCCACACACCAGGUGGGUAACAAACACUACCUGUGCGUACCCUACGUACCGUACCUCUAAAUCAAAAUCAGAAAUCCGAUUGACCAUCAAAAUUCGUUCAUUUUUCGUUUGAUUGCCUCCUCUGUCUCAAAGCAUAUUCUUGUUUCUGACAUCUUCUCCCAACCCGUUUGCUGAUAGCAGUUUUCCAAUAUCUUCCAACRCAACGAUGAUUCGGGUAAAAUCUUUCAUGAGCCGCUCAGUGGUAUGCUURAAUGAACCUUUUCCCUUCCGGUUAUAUUUGCUCGCGACAACAAUUGUUUUAGCCUUUGUAACGAUGGGGCCAUCGUGUCUUGGNGGAACGGUCCACAUGACUCUUCAACAGUUGCGAUAUCAGGCUUUUCGAUGAAAGUCGUGUUUGGGAUGUGCUGUAACGAGGGAGCUUCGAUUUUUCUCCUUUCCGUCUCUUGCUCAAACUCCUAGUUUUCAGAUAUUCACACCAGCGUGCCUCACAUACAUGAGGAAUGAGGACAGAAUCGUUCGUAUCGUUCAAUAUCGUAGACUACUACGCUACAUUACAGUAAGGGCACGUACAUUUCCAAUCCUCCGUGCAAAGAAACAAGUUACAGUAAAUUUUUUGGUAAUUCUUCGAAAAUGAAAGUCAGAGAGAAAAAUAUAUAUCAAUGUGAGCUCUAAUUGGUUCGUAACAUUACACGUGGAAGUAAUUCUAAUAAGGGGCAUUACCAUUGAUGAAUUACCAUUGAUGAAUUACCGUGUGGGUACCUGUAAUAAAAUAUACAAUAAUAA